GGGCAAUGGGCAAGGCAGUUACUGAGAUAUUUGUCCGUAGGCUACAUCUUUAGCUUCUUAUUGCUGUUGAACAUCUUGGUUUGGGUUUGAGCUUAAUAAUAAAGGCAGAGUGCAUUAGAGACACCAGCUUCACCUUCCUCAUCUCGCUGCAUUUCAGGAACUUUUGUCCACAACGAAGUCCUUUAAUGAACUGCCACUCCGACAUCUGACAUCCUCAAGUGUUUUCUCUGCCACAAGUUGUAUAAAAACAUUAGUAACUGCACAGAUAAACUGAACCGCGGUCGCAACUAAUAGCAAAGUUAGGGUUUGUUAUAAGCGUGACUCCUGACCCCUACCCAGGAUGCCCUGCGAGCAAAAACUACAACAAGAAGCAGCAUCCAUUAACUACUAAACUGUAACCUACUAACACUCAACAGUACAAAUACAAAUACACACACCUAAUAUACGCAGUUUAUCUCUCGGACUGAUAACAACAUCUAAUAUGUUACUUUAUCCGUUUUUGUCUUCUUGUUUCUCAGCUACAUUACAACUUCCAGGCAUACCCGACAUUUUUCUUCCUUCUCUGAGUCCAUCAUUCAUGUGGUUUGUCCUUCUGUCCCCACGUCUCUGGUAGCUUUCGUUCAACAAAAUUUACCGAGCCGUUAAAGCCGAAUAUUACUGUAACUCAAACUAAUUUGACGAGAAGUGAAAGGACUGGUGUUUUGCUCGCAACCGCCGUACAGCGACACAAGUGUCGCGCGGCAAGCCCUCACGCCGUACGCUGACUUCAACUGUCGUUAACUUCUUCGCCUCACGUGAAAGCUACAAGCCGAAGUUAGAGCUCGUGUGUGUUGAAGUAGAGCUUUUCUGUAUUAUUAGCAGACAACAUGGAGGGAGCCGACGAGUUCUUGAAGUACCGUUCACCGCUGGUGUCCAGAUACGCCAGCAAGGAAAUGGCCUACAAUUUCAGUGACAGGAAGAAAUUCACAACCUGGAGAAAACUGUGGAUUUACCUGGCCAAAGCUGAGAAGGAUUUGGGCCUGCCUAUCAAUGACGCUCAGAUCCAGGAGAUGGAGAGCCACGCCGAGGACAUCGACUUCGUCAUGGCAGCCGAGGAAGAGCGCAAACUCAGACAUGACGUCAUGGCUCACGUCCACACCUUCGCUCACUGCUGCCCCGCCGCCGCUCCCAUCAUUCACCUCGGAGCCACUUCAUGCUACGUCGGAGACAACACUGAUCUCAUCAUGCUGCGUGAUGGCUUCGACAUCCUUCUGCCUAAGCUGGCUCGAGUGAUUGACAGGCUGGCAAACUUUGCAGAGAAAUACGCAGACCUCCCCACACUUGGCUUCACACACUAUCAACCGGCUCAGCUGACCACUGUAGGGAAGCGAGCGUGCCUGUGGCUACAGGACUUGGCAAUGGACAUGCGGAACCUGCAGCGCGCCCGCGAUGACCUGCGUUUCCGAGGGGUCAAGGGCACCACCGGCACCCAGGCCAGCUUCCUGCAGCUGUUUCAGGGAGAUCACGACAAGGUGGAGGAGCUAGACAAGAUGGUGACUGAGAUGGCUGGUUUUCAAAAAGCUUACCUGGUGACGGGUCAGACGUACAGCCGUAAGGUGGACGUCGACUGUCUGUCCAACUUGGCCAGUUUAGGAGCAACUGUUCACAAGAUCUGUACAGACAUCCGUUUGCUGGCCAACCUGAAGGAGAUCGAGGAGCCUUUUGAGAAAGAGCAGAUUGGUUCCAGUGCCAUGCCCUACAAGCGGAACCCCAUGCGCUCCGAGCGUUGCUGCAGCUUGGCCCGGCAUCUGGUGGCGCUGAUGGCUGACCCGCUGCAGACAGCUUCAGUCCAGUGGCUGGAGAGGACGCUGGACGACAGCGCCAACAGGAGGAUUUCCCUCCCAGAGUCUUUUUUGACAGCAGACAUCAUCCUCWGCACCCUGCAGAACAUCACAGAGGGUCUGGUGGUCUACCCAAAAGUCAUUGAGAGACACAUCCGCCAUGAGCUCCCCUUCAUGGCCACAGAGAACAUCAUCAUGGCGAUGGUUAAGGCUGGAGAGAACAGACAGGACUGUCAUGAGAAGAUCCGUGUCCUGUCCCAGGAGGCAGCAGCUGUAGUUAAACAGGAGGGUGGUGACAACGACUUGCUGGCCAGAGUGCAGCGAGAUCCCUACUUUACACCCAUCCUGGGGCAGCUGGAUGCCCUGCUGGACCCCAAGACGUUUAUUGGCCGAGCUCCACAGCAGGUUGCCAGGUUCCUGUCUGAAGAAGUGCGCCCCCUGCUGGAACCUUACAAGGCUAAGAUGGAUGUUAAGAUUGAACUCGAACUGUAACACAUACACGCCUACUUUUACACUCUGUGCACAGUUGGCAGAUAAAGGGUCCAUCAUGGUGUUUGUGCACAAUGACUACUAAUUUAUACCUCAAUAAAGACGGUUGUUGAAUUUGA